AUGGAAGUUAUUGACGAUUAUAUUAAUCCCAAAUCAACAACCAUCCAUCCAUUUUUAAAGGUUAUUCAAAAACCAACACUUCGGAAGUCAGUAUUAACAUUAUGUGUAAUUAUUUUUUUACUGAGUGGGACAUUAACAAUUACUUUAAGUAAAUUAUUAUACAAUACAACAACCAAAGGUAGAUAUGAAAAAGAACAUCAAUUUGAACAUCCAAUGUUUUUAACAUUUAUGAUGUUUGUUGGGAUGAUGUUAUGUUUAUUUAUUCAUAUAAUUAUGACAUUAAUAAUACCUGAAGAUGACAAAAAGAAUUAUAUUCAAAUUAAUAAAAGAUCUCCUUUUCGGGGUGAAGUAUUAUUUGCAUUAAUUGGACCAGCAUUAUGUGAUUUUUUAGGAGGAUAUUUAAUGAACGUAGGAUUAAUGUAUGUAACGUCAAGUGUAUUUCAAAUGAUGCGAGGGAGUGUUAUUAUCUUUACUGCUUUACUUACAGUGUUUGUUAGAAAAAGUCAAUUAAAAAAUAAUCAAAUUUUUGCUAUAUUUCUUGUUAUUAUUGCAUUAGCUGUUGUUGGAGGAUCUGCAUUUGCAGGAAAUUCAAGUGUUAUAAAAGGAGAAUCAAAGGUUUGGGAUGUUGUAAUUGGAAUUUCAUUUAUUACAAGUGCUAUGUUUCUUCAAGCAUUACAAACUAUUAUGGAAGAAAAGUAUUUACAAGACCUUCAAAUACCACCAUUAGUUGUUGUUGGAUUAGAAGGGUUUUAUGGUAUUUUAUUAUCAAUACCAGGAAUGAUAGUAUUACAAAUGGUUCCAAUACCAUUUUAUGAUGAUAAUAUUGAUGCAAUAAUUAGUUUAAGAGAAAAACAUGUUUUAAUAGUUGUUAUUAUUUAUGCAUUUUCUGUUACUUUAUUUAAUAUUACAGGAAUGAUUAUUACAAGAAGUUUAACUGCAAUGGUUAGAAAUAUCUUAGAUCCUUGUAGAAUGAUUUCUAUAUGGUUUUUAUCAGUUUUAAUGUAUUAUAUCUUUAAUAAAAAAUAUGGAGAACCUUUAGGAUGGCAAACAGCACUUCAAGUUUUGGGAUUUUUAUUAUUAACAUUUGGAUUAUUUAUUUAUACAGGAGUAAUAAAAUUAAAUUUCUUUGGAACAGAAAAUAUUGAACAAAACGAAAAUAUUGUUUUAGAUGAAAAAUCUGAAGAUAAUGAUCAUGAUUUAUUUGAAUGA